GGCUCGAUCGCCAUCAUGGAGAGCGUUACGGAAUGGCCAUAUGACAAGGUCCUGCAGCUGAUCGUGAUGUUUCAGCAACGACCAAUGCUGUGGGAUACUCAAUGUGACGCUUACAAGGACCGGCAGAAACGUCACGAGGUCACGCUCGAACUCGCGACACAUUUCAAUGUCGAGAAAGAUGAGAUUGAGCGGAAACUGAAGAAUCUUCAGAGCCAUUUCUAUCGCGAGGUCAAAAAAGAAAAAUCUAAAUCAUCGGUCGGCAAUGGUACGAUCGGAGUUUAUCGCAGUAAAUGGUUCGCCUACCAAGCAAUGAAAUUCUUGGAAGAAAAGAGUAAACCAAGACGAACUCAUAUUCAAGUUGGCAAUAAGACUCUGGCAACACGGCAAAAGCCGACGGCGUCCCGCGUGUCGAUAGCAAAACACUGCAGCGAUAAAAGUCGCUUCAAGAAAUUGGAACACGAGGUGAGAAACUCAUCUUUACGGGAGGUUUCUACGAUCAAAAACGAAAACACUGCAUCUACCGUGAACGAUUUUUUAUAUAUUGAUGCAAAUCAACAAAAUAACCUGGAUAAUAGUCAGAUGGAUUAUUGGGAGGAAAAGUCGAUCAGUAGUCAAGAUCCAAUCGAAUUCGCGAUGCAAACGAAUGAGGCUCAACAACAGCAAUCGCAGCAUAUUCGCAACUUCGAGGACAACCGGCCGAAUGAGAAAGAACUCUCGACUCCUUGCAAACAAGACGUGAAGACGCUGAGAUCCAAGGAUACGAUUGCACCCGCGAUCGACUUUCUCCUCACGGAAUUGAAGGCUCAUGGCUCGAACGAUCCGGAAUUGAUUUUCUAUCGGAGUCUCAUCCCGGAUAUUAUGAAACUCUCCGACAAAAAGCGCAGGCAAUUCAAGGAAGUGGUACUAUGCACGUUGAACAAGCUUCUGGAUGAGGAUGAGAAUGCUUGUCCAAUGAAAAUCUAAGAUCGACCUCACGAAAUUCGACAGGAACGUAUAGAUUUAUAUCGUGUGAUACGAAUUGUCUACGAAAAGCUAUUGCUGAUGAAGAAGAUUCUACGAGGUCUCUCAAGAGUUUCUCUGUCACGGAUCUACAUUGGAAUUUACAUUUCUUUUUUAAUUAUAGAAAUAAAGAUGAUACUUUUACAAUUUGUCUUUAAA